AUGACUGCAACCCACAGAUGUUGUGUUGAGAUUUGUUCUGUCUCACUGUCCCUCCCAGGACACACCACAGUGCUCUCACUCGACUGGGAUGUGAGCUUGAACCUAACCGUGUCCAACUGUACAGGCUCAACACAGUGUUGCUCUCAUCUCCCUCUGUCCCCAGGACUCUGGGGCCUGGUGAAUAACGCUGGCAUCUCCCAGUCUGCGGCCCCCAACCAGUGGCUCACAAAACAGGACUUUGUAACCAUACUGAAUGUGAACCUGCUGGGGGUGAUCGAGGUGACUCUGGGCCUGCUGCCCUUAGUGAGGAAGGCCAGGGGCCGCGUGGUCAACGUCUCCAGUAUCCUGGGCCGGGUCUCACUUUUUGGUGGUGGCUAUUGUAUCUCCAAGUAUGGCAUCGAGGCCUUCUCGGACUCACUCAGGUAUCACACUGGGCUGGGGCCUGGCCUAGGUCUUAUUUCUGUUCUUCUUCGGGAGCAUUUUUCAGGACCAGCCAUGCCUUGGGACCUUCAGUCCAUGUUCUGCCUGAAUCUGUCUGAGGUGACGGACUGCAUGGAGCAUGCGCUGACCGCCUGCCACCCCCGCACCCGGUACUCAGCUGGCUGGGACGCCAAGCUUCUCUACCUCCCCCUGAGCUACAUGCCCACCUUCCUGGUGGAUGCUGUUGUCACCUGGGGCCUCCCACGGCCAGAGAAGGCCCUGUGAAACUAUACUGGGGAUACUUGUUUCAGUAGGGUUGGACACUGUGGGGAGAUGUGUCCUCAGGAGAAAAAUGCAGUGGAGGGGGACAGCUCUCAUGUCAGCUGGUCUCCUGUCCUACCUCAUUCCUCGUCUCUGGCCAUGGUUGUCCUGGGAUACCAUUCAGGGCUCCAGAGAAGGUGUGAGAAGGUGCCUAGUCAGGCAGCUGAGGAACAAGGACCCAGUAGCCCCCCUGGGUGGGUGUGGUGUUGCCCUGUGUGGCCAAUCAAGAUUUGAGGUCUCCAGGCAAAAUGGUGAGGUGACAACUGGGGUGUGGGAGAGCAGGUGGACAGAGCCUCAGCCCACAGUUUAUCAGCCUCCUGCCCACCUCCUCAAGUGCACAUUGGCCAGGCCAGUGGGCUCCCUCCCACAGGAUGGAAUUGGCCUGAAGGUUCUGAGGAGCCCCCACCUCCCCUCAAGAUACCGGUGCCCUUAGGGUGGGGGAUGGGGAGGGAAAACCUUACCUUGGCUCGUCAGACCUCAGGCAUCAACUUAGCAGGCAUUAGCUGGAGGGGGGGUCUCCAUAGAGAUAUUUGCAGAGGACACAUAAACCACUAUUUUCUUUGACUUGA